AUGGCUACUGACGUUGAAGAAUCAGAUACGGAGGAUCAUGAGCGUCCUGCACCACCUAAAAGACAGUGUGUUAAUUUUCUAAGUGAGGAUGAUGAGCAAUCGGCCCAUCAACCUGUUCAAGAUUCGAGUUCUACAGAAGACAGCGAACUGUUGACCCGGGAAAAGUUUCAACGUUAUCAUCAGUAUCAGAUAGAUAAGCACUGUUAUAUGGGUUCUGUUGAUAAUACAAUAAACCGUGUUAUGGAAACUUAUAUUCUGACACCUCUGACAGAACGUAUACAACUAAGAUUAUCAACAGGCGAAUCCGAGAUGGAAGACCAUGCUGUUAUGAUGGCGAUACGUAAUCAUGGACUUGUACAUUCCUCAGUUAAUAAUUUUUCUUCACAUUCAAAUACUAAUAGCAGCAAUGCGUAUUGGUACAGCGAUGAUGAAUAUAAUUCAUCGUUAAGUCCUAUAAAUUGUAUGAGUAAUAUCACAACAACAGUUGCAGGAGCAGCUGCUGUUGUUGAACAAUUGUCAUCAGAAUCGAGUGAUUCUAAUUCAGCAUCAGCAACAUCCUCAACUAAAAUAAUUCAACCGCGAACAUUCCAAUCAUUUGAUGAUAAAAUAAUAAAACAUAAUAAUAUUCGUAGUAAUAAUAAUGUUAAUUGGAGUGCAGAUAAAAAUGACGAUGGUGAUCAGCAGAGCCAAGAUAUUUUAGAGCGAGCUGUGUCUGAAGCCAUUAAAAUUAAAGGACUGAGUGUACUCAGUGUUGAUUAUGUCUGA